AUGGCGGAAGGCGAAAUGAUCGCGCAGACGAACGGGGAUGUCGACGACGACUCCCGCCAUCCCCAGCAAGUCUACCGCCAAGCGCCAUCCCUCAUGAACCGCAUCGUGUACGGGACGAAGCUGUCCUGGCUGCAGUCCUGGUUCUACCAGCGGGCCAGUUUCGAGUUCUGGAAGACGUAUUGGUUCCCAAAGUCGGCGGCACAGCGGCCGGACCUGAUGAAGCAGUACCCCUGCAGACCGAACCUCCUCAUCCGCAUCUUCUUCCCCUCAGACUACGACCAGACAUCCCCGCAGACCCUGCCGACGCUCUUCUCCAUCCACGGCGGCGGCUUCUCCAUCGGCGUGCCCGACGACGACGACGCCUGGAACCGCACCUUCGCCGACCUCAACGGCGCCCUCGUCGUCGCGCUCAACUACUGGAAAGCCCCCUGGGCGCCCUGGCCCAACGGCCUCCACGACCUCGAGGCGCUCUACCUCGCCGCCGUGCAGGACGACUCGCUCCCCAUCGACAAAUCCCGCAUCGCCAUCGGCGGCUUCAGCGCCGGCGGUAACCUGUCGCUGUGCCUGAGCCAGCUCAAGAGCGUCCGGCAGCACCCCACGGCCGCGCCCAAGGCCGUGAUGCCGAUCUACCCGCCCGUGGACUUCGUCACGCCCUGCGAGAAGAAGCGCCACCGCCGCCCGUACAAGAUUGGCAUGUUACCCGGGAUCCGCGGGCAGCAGCGGGAUUUCGUGCUCGAGUUCGCGCCCGUGUUCGACUGGGCGUACGUGCCGUACGGCGCGAACCUGAAGGACCCGCUGCUCUCGCCCAAGUACGCGGACAGGGCGGACUUCCCGGACAAUGUGUGCGUGGUGGGCGCGGAGCUGGAUUACCUUGCCUGGGAGGGGUGGGAGUUUGCGUGCAAGCUGGGCGGGAAGAGCGUGACGGCGGCGGUGGUGGGGAGGAAGGAGGUGGCCAAGACGCAGGAGCUGGAGACGGAGGACGAGCGGUUCGGGUGGGAGGUGAGGGAUCAGAGGGGGAGUGUGAAGUGGUUGCUUGUGCCGGACGUGAUUCACGCGUUUGAUAUGCAUGAGAUGGGGGCCAUGGUGUCGGAUGAGGAGACUAUUCGGGACGGGAACGCGAAGGCGGUGAAGGUGAUUAAGGUGCUUGGGGAGUGGUUGAGGAGGAGCGCGUGGAAGGUUGAAGGGAGGGUUGAGCAGUAG